CGGAGCGGAGAGACGCGCUGCAUACCAACAGAGCGGGGCACAAUUUUUGGUCAGGACGCACAGACCCCAUCCUGUUCUCCGACAACAGAUAUCAUACCUGGUCACUGGACAAGUUCAAUAUUUGCUUUGCUUGUCACGCUUUUUCUAUAAAAAGGAAAAAAAAAAAGAAAAAAGAAAACAAUCUUCAAGACACUGAGAGCCAAACUAAGUGUCUGGGAUAUUUGUUCCAAUAUUUUUCCUCAGGGAGAGAGUCUGCGCUGGAGAAGAUAAACAGCUCCUCACGCCUCUCUCUGACGGGAGUCAUCACAAGGAAAAGUCGAGACAUUUUUUUUUUUUAACUCACAUGUAGAAACGUCGGGUUAUUGCUGUUGACAUUCAUCCACUUGGCCGUUUAUUUUAUUUUAUCAUCAAUAAACAGCUCCCCUGCAGCGUUUUUUCGUCAGAGAGGAAUACCGUGACAUUUGGCUGCAGAAAAAAAAAGAAACAAACAGAAAAUCAAUCAGAACUCCAUCAUGGGCCACUUUCUCUUGCGGAACGCAUUUGCUGCUUUGAUCCUGGUUCUGCUGUCCAAAGAGUCCACUGUGCAAGGAGCAGAAUUCGGACACCUGCCGGACAACAUCACAGUGUUGGAGGGCGAAAGUGUCACUUUGAGAUGUCGGAUCGAUGAGGAGGUGACCCACAAAGCUUGGCUGAACCGCUCUAAUAUCCUUUUCACUGGGACAGAUAAGUGGUCACUGGACAAGCGCGUGACGCUCGUCAACAGCAACAGCAGCGAUUUCUCCAUUCACAUCGAGAAGGUGCAAAUAACGGACGAGGGACCCUACACCUGCACCUUCCAGGCCAAUAACAAGCCCCGCAUCGCCCAUGUCUACCUCAUCGUUCAAGUGCCAGCCAGAAUCGUCAACAUCUCAAAAGAGGUAUCGGUGAAUGAGGGGGAGAAUGUAAACCUUUAUUGUCUGGCAGUCGGCCGGCCCGAACCCACGGUCACCUGGAAGGACCAGAAGUAUGGGCUUGUGAGUGAGGGGGAGUUCCUCGACAUCACGGAGAUUAAGAGGCAGCAGGCUGAGGACUACGAAUGCAUCACCAACAACGGCGUGGCUCCAGCUGACCGGCGCAAGGUCAGAGUCACGGUCAACUACCCUCCCAUGAUCACAGAGAUGAAGAACGUGCCUGUCAAUUUGGGGAAGCCGGCCAUCUUGCGUUGUGAAGCAAUGGCAGUCCCACCAGCUUCCUUUGAGUGGUACAGAGAUGAGCAUAGGCUGGUAGAGAGUGACAACACCUUAAGGAUCAAAAACGAGAAGACGCGCUCGCUGUUGUUGUUCACCAAUGUGACAGAGAAGCAUUUUGGCAACUACACUUGCUUUGCUUCAAACCGUCUGGGCGCUUCCAACACCAGCAUACUGAUGUUUCGACCAGGUGCCCUGCAGGGACGAGGGGCCGGUCUACAUGCGGGGAUGAGUGUCAGUGUGUGUGCUUGGGUCUCCCUCUCCUCUGUUCUUCUGCUGAAGGUGUAAUGAUCACACGCCGCUUGGAAACGUCCUUUAAUGUCCCCGAAAGCCCCACUUCUUCCUCCACUCCCUCUUCCCGCCCUCCCCACGACCACUACGGAAGGAAAACGGAAAUUAAAUUCUUUAAUUACGAACCCAUCACUGUGAACAAAAAGAAUAUGCAUUAUUCCAGGAGCCAUUGAAUCAUUGCAUCAAACACACGACUUACUCCCCACCCCAUUACUCCAAAACGCCUGCACCCUCAAUUUAAUUUUGAGGUCAUUUGAUUGUCAAUCCCCUCACUUAUCUUUCUCUCUCACACACACAUCAUUGUCCCUCUUUUUUUCCCUCCCAGAAUGAUGUGCACAUGGGACUUGGGACUUCCCCUCCUCACCCUGUUUUCCCUGUUACUACCACCGGAAUGAUGUUAAUAGAGUGUAUAUUCAUGAUGACAGUGUGAUCAGUGAUAAAUUAGAUAAUCUAACAACUGGAUGGUAAUUGUGCUUAUACCACACAGACUGUUGACUGACCUACAAUGUUUGCCUUAUGGAAAUUAUACAUGAUAUCACAAUAUUUGGUGGCUAUUUAUGGUAAUGAUAUAAUGUGGUACUGGCAGUCGUGUGACCUUUUUGAAAAUUGUCCAGUUGGUGACCGUGCAAAGUGUCACCCUUUAAUCAAACACACAUACACGCACACACACACUCACACACACAAACUCACACAAAUGUAUGUUCUUUUUUUUUGUUUUUGUUUUUUUUUUUAAUUUUUACUCUUAUUGUGUAGCAGUGAAGCUGCUAUGAAUGAUGUCAAAAUGUAAACAAAAGGGUGGGUGGUGACGGCGUCGGUCUUAACUACCCCUUUAUGUAAUUUUGGGGGUUUAUACUAAGGGUUCGCAUGCAGACUCCCUCACUACCCAAACCUUUUUAGUGCUCUGUCUAGUCGCCCUUUGCAUCGCUAUAGUGUUCUCUGCUGUGUGUCGGCCCCCUGCCCUCCCUCCUCCGCCUCGCUCUUCCUCCCCCCAGUGUAAAUAUGUGCAGUACGGAGGCCACGCCGGCGAUUUCAGCUCGCCUUGGGCCGAACAACAUCUCCAGAAAGCCUCAACUGCGUUCCAGUCUCCUGAAGCAGCCAGAGACUGUCCACUGACACUUCUGUUUCAAAGCUGGGCCUUCAUCCUCUUUGUCCGCUUGUUGAUAGCAUGUACUGGUUAGAGAUGUUCCUGUUGUGAGUCCAUACAUUCCCCUCCCUCCCUCCUUCCCAGCACUGUGUCUGUUUUACGCUGCAAGGUUAUCUGCUUUUACUUUUUUGGUGUUAAUAAUACUACAGAUGAUGAUGAUGAUGAUGUUAAUAAGUAUUUGAAUACGUAUGAAUAGUAAUUCCAUGUGAGAAAAAAAAAUAUGAACAAAAUCUGAUGGUGAAGAGCCAUGCGUGGGAAAAAUAAUCUUUUUGUACGACCACACGCUGAACAACUUCAAUGAAUGAAAAGAGAAAAAAAAAAACAUUGUAAAGUUUUUGAAGUGACGUGCUCUAUUUUGCCAUGACAAGCUUUUUAAAAACACAUCUGAAAUCGUUUGAAGGGUCAUCUCAUCCGAGAAGCAGUGACUGAUGUUGUAAUUUAUAAUUUGUACCCGUUUAUGUAUUUGACUCUCUAUGUCAUGCUGUUAACUGCAUCAGACACACAUUUGCAGCACUUUGUCCACUUGUCAUAACGCGUCCUCGCAGGACCAGCUAAAAAAAAAAAGAUCUGGAUCCGUGUCAGUCUCUGGUCGUGGCUGUAAGUCAGUUCUUGUUCUGCCAGACCACAGGGAGAUAAAGAUGUAAUUAGCCAUUACCUGUGGCUGGCUAAGUGAAGGAGCCUGGCUCCACCUGUCCUUCCUCCCACCCGGUUAUGCCCCCCAUAAAUCAACUCAAUGCUGCCACUGACAGGAAUCCUCUUCAAGGACAAGCUCGCCUUGGUGCGCCAGUACUCCCUACAGUGUGUACCUGUGACAUGCAGGCGUGAGCACUGCAAAACCCCAUGGCACAAUUAUCCAGCCCCACAGCACAAACAGUUGGAGGGAGGCCUGUGUUUUAACACGGGUGGCAGUCAUUUCUCCUCUCUUAACACUGUUCUACUGACGUGCAGCGACUAUAUGCAAGUAUGCCAUUACAAGCCUGCAUGGAGGGAUGCGUUUACCCCAGCUGAUUCCUGACUCUUGUGACAAGAAAGGGGGAAUCACUCAAUACUGAAUCACAUGUCUGAAUGUGUUUUAUUCUUUUGGAGUUUUGUUUGAAACCAGCAAUAACCCCCUAAUUCUACUGUGCAAGAGAUUGAAUUCAUGGUUAAAGCUGUGGUGUAUUAUCUAAAAUUAUCUGCCAUUAACAAGUCCUAUCAAAUACGUCUGUUGUUGUAUUUUUAUUGUGUACAGUCCUCUGAAAUGAUUGUGAAGCUGUUUAAAUGGCCCUUAAUCUUAAUCUGAAACAUUACAUGUUGUAUUCAAGAUGUCCAACCCUCUGCUACGCAUUUGGGUCGUCUUUGUGACAGAACAAGCAUCGUGCAUGAAUUUCUUUGCUCCAAAAAUAGCGAUGGAUUCCACUCCAAGCACAACAGCAGGUCAUUUAGUCAGCGCUUCUUUUUUCUGUCUCAGUUGCCUUUUUUUUAAAUUGUCUUUUAUGUCAGUUUUUUUUUUUUUUUUUUUUUUGGGGGAGGGGUGUUUGUUACUCACUUACUGUUUCAUGCGGGCAUCCCAGUGGGUGUUUAAGUUGCAUAUAACAUCUGUAUGUACAUAAUCUGUCCUUGAUGAAGAGAAAAAGAAGAUAAAUACAGACAAAAAGAAAAAAGACAUUUGUCAGUGUGGGUUUGAAAAAAAAAGCAUGUCAGUGUUUGUGUAUGGGUGGAUUUUGGGGGGGAAAAGAAAAAUAAGAAAGUUAUAAUAUUGUCUUUUGUGUUCAGGUUCACUGGCAGAAGGUGUGGAAAUGGUGGAAUAUAUCAUAAACAGCUUGUGAGCAUUUGCAAAAACAAUGCAUAUUUUAAAAUAACAGAUUUUGAGCAUCAUCAUGUGUGUACAGGGCUGUGCAAGCAACCGAAGGAGCUGAAACUAAAUUACUCGCUUUGAAAAUGCUCCAAUUCCUCCACUACACCCGUGCCCGAUGCGCUUUGCCAUCCCUCUUCUGUAGAAGCCGGCUGUGUUAGCGCUGAUUUCAGGGGGGGCCACAGGACUGCCGUACAUGGUUCUUUAUGGCAACUGAAGCCGUCGUGUCAUGGAUCAAAAUCUUAACAUCUGAAGUAGAAAAGACUCUGCAAAGUUCUGUUCAGGUGUCUCUGCAACAGGGAGACUGUGGAGUGUGGUGCCACGAGGUCAGCGGAUCCCCCCUGACUGCACAAUUUGAGGGUAGAUGAGGUUCCUGCUGAGAGAGGGCACGCGGUCUGGUGGGCCUGUGGGACGAUAUCCCAACAAUGCAAGUCUAAAAGCUGAAAGCCAGGGGGAGAUGGGAUGACAUCAACCAGACGGGGAACUUUCCAUUCACUGGGAAGGAAACAGACCAGGCCUGAUAUUGCACUUUCCAAACUUGAGCGCAGCCCUGUCCCCCGAGGGAAGGUGUAGCACACACACUAUUUAUGGUUGCACCGUGUAAUAUGGAUAACAUUAACAUAGCCUUGACAACAAACACUGUCUGGUCUAUUUCAAGUGUGUAAAUAAAUCCCUGACUGGAGUUCAAUGAGUUUACAGUGAUAUAAACAAGAUAAUUCCUCAGCCGCUAAUUACAUCUGGUGCAUGGCGAUGAAAACGUGUUGAUUGGUUUCUGUAGAUGAAGGUUGUGGUGAUCUGUUUACAGAACCUUUGUUAAUGAGGCAUCGGGAAAUAGUUGUUCAGAGUGCUAGCUUACAGAACACUGCAUUACAUUACAUUUUAAUGGCUGCACUUUCGAUACCAAAUUUGAUUUUGGUUAGAUUUGGUCGCUGGGGUUUAAAUAAAUAGCUUAUCUUAUCUGCUAGAAUAUCUUUUGUGUUAAAAAAGAGGAUUUGGGGGAUAUAAACUGUAAAAUUAUUAUUAUUUGUUUUAAAUUUCAAAAACAAAUGCUUUUUACCAACAUGAGUCAGGUAAUUAAGCUGCGGCAAAGACAGAUAAUGAACAGAACUGCUGCCGUGAAAGGGAAGAUGUAUUUAAAUCAAGACUGUAGAAAAGCACAAGCACUGUCAGCUAGCUCAGAUAAGAUAUGAAUGUUUCAAUUUCUUUGUUUAAUGUGUGGCAGCAUGCCCAAACUGUAGCCUUUCUUACAACACCUUUACUGCAUAGAACAGAUCCUGGACAGACUUUCAAUUCGCAAUGCAAUGGUUAAUCAAUACAUUCAACUGAAUGGCUUUGGAAUAGAGCAAUUUCUCCCCAGCCCCAGAAACUGGAUUGAUCAAGUAUAUAUAGACCGGCCUUAGAACAGAGAGCAUAAUUCAUCAUGCUUGAUACAAGACACCCCUAAUUGCACAUUGAUUUUAAGCCCUUCUCUGAAACUAUUUGGGCAAGCUGUAAUGUCAGCUCAGUAAACUAUGUGUUCAGAGCCAUGAGUCCGAUCCAGGGAAUGAAGAAUUAAUAGUUUGUUUUUAUUUUCAAGCCAAUCCAGGCUGGGGGGGGUUGUGUGUGUGUGUGUGUGUGUGUGUGUGUGUGUGUGUGUGUGUGUGUGUGUGUGUGUGUGUGUGUGUGUGUGUGUGUGUGUGUGUGUGUGUGUGUGUGUGUGUGUGUGCGUGUGUGUGUGUUUUGGCUUUGUUUCCAAUAUACCGCUAUUAGCACAGUAUCACAAAUACACUACAUGUGCAAUUUGGUUGGUACAGCAGUUCACAUUAUAAUUUAUUGGUAAUAACGGGCACUUAACCUUCAUAUUUUGCAGAUGCCAGUGUCAGCAGCUGUAAGAUAUUGAGGCUUGCAUCAGGCAAUCAUGUCUAUUUAAGCAUAUGGUGUGAAUUGGUCACACAUUGACGAUAAAUCGUGUGUAACAACUUGAGUUUUCUUUUGGAGAAAAAUAGUAGGAGUCACAGCGGCGGAGUCAGUCGACCAAAAGGACACGCUACGCCAGGGUGACAAUUACAUAUGAAGGAUUGUUAUUAUUCCAAAUCCCUUGCUAAUGUCCUUUACUGCAAAGCGCACAUAAUUCCCGUAUAUUAUCCCAAUUAUCCAUUGUUUAACAACCAUCUACAGACUCAUUCAUUUCUAACGGGCAAAGUCAGUGCUGUCUCUGAAUUAGGACCCAGUGCUGUUCCAUUAUUAGAUAGAUAGAUGGAUAGAUAUAUAGAUAGUAUCUUGUCAUUUACUCACCUCUCUAAGAAAAGGAUUGUUUGGGUAAUUUACUACAUGCUUCAUUCCACCAGCUGAGCUGCAGCAACGUUCAGGCGGACCAUACAACACAAAAGGACAAGUCUCGCCCACCACCUCUCCCCUAGUCAUUAAGUCGCCCACCUCGCAUCUCAAACACAGAAAGACCCACAUUACUUGGCCUCGGCAAAUUACGAUCCCACGCUCGGCAUUUUCCAUGUCUAUCAACUGAUGGGUAAAUAUUGGUUGGUGCUGAGAGCUGACAGGGAAAGCGUUGGAUUUCUUUCACAAGCGACAGCCUCAAACUGGUGUUUUUGUGCUGAUGAAUAUUACAGUUAUGAGACGGAAGGGACGGCAGCGCUGAGGUGAAGCCGCACAUGCAGAAACGUCUGGAGUACGCUGCAGAGUGAGACGGGACAUGAGACAGGAUGUAUCAUUGGCGAUUGUCAGGGGCUGUUUGAAUCAGAUGUAGAAAAAAAAACAAAAAGGAAAAUAAAGGCUUAUUUUACAAGAAGAGACCCACCUUGAAUAAUUGCUGAGUGGAGUUAGUGUUAAAAAGAUAAUCUUUCUCCUCUUUUUUUCUUUCUCUCACUUAGAUUCCUUCAGUCCUGCCAUCCUGUCUCUUUUUGUGUGUAUAUAAUCUGUAAAAAUGCGUUCCUUCCCCUGAGUGCGCCGGGUUUUCCCACUCUGCUGUUGUUAAUAUAAAUGAUGUGUAUGUGUGUAUAUGAAUAUGAGUGCGAGUACACAAGUGAUGUGUGUUCAAGUGUGCAUUAUGCUCGUCCACGAGCAAUUCACAGGGCCUCACGUGCAAGAGCACGCGUGCUUCUGUGUUUACGUGUGGUCCAUUCAUAACCUGUAAUACAGGCAUUUAUUACAUUUAGAGAUCUUAUCAAUGUAAACACGAAAAAGAAUGAAAGUAGCAAAACAUUUGUCUUCCACCCUGACAGAUGUUUUGUGUUGGGAAGCAAUGAUCCUACUUCUCCUUAAAUAAUUGAGUUGCUGAACUGGACAUUUUGUUUUUUUUUUUACUUUUAUUUCUGUGGGUUGUUUUUUUUCUCAAUCCAUGCAGUGGAGAGAAAAAUGAUAUCAAGU